AUGUGCACGUCAUGGCGUGCCGAAGCCGCCGCCUUUGGAUGCCUCGUCAUCUCAACCAUCCUCGUGAUCGCAUCAAUCCCCGUCCUUCAGAAAGUCGAGCUGGAUUGCGUCGCGAGAAACUGCUCUUCCGUGUGUUUCGAGUCGAACUACACAGGCUUGGUUGAAUGUCAGAACGAGUUCGACUGGGACACGUGCCGCAACUCGCCCAAAAUGUACGUGUGCUUCGAAUUGUGGCAGGAGGGACUCCGGGUUAAGGAGCAAUGCGAAGCAAGCCAAUGCUUCUUGGGGGAGGUGGACGCCGCAGAGGUGACCUAUCGAGCAAGCCAGCUGGCACUGUUACUGUCUUUCUUGGCCGCUGCCAGCUGCUCAUGUUUUAAGAAGGGGGCAUGCAACUGUCGUGGCGCACAAGUCUACACCAGGCAGGCGCUGUUGGCAGUGGGGAACUGCUGCUUAGUUCCAAGCAUGCUCAUGGUCCUCUUGUACUUCGUGCUGCCGAGAAGCUUCUUCUAUCCUCCCAGCUAUGCUUUUGUCGGGGUUCCCAUCGAGUUGUUCGUGACCGUGUUUUCGCUCGUGACCUUUGCGGCGUGCGCUUGCCUGGGCCUGGCACGCAUGCAGAGCAGACGCUGGCUGAGCGAAAAGCCAGAAGAUGUGGCGCCGGAGGUGGCAGGGGUGCCAGUGCAAGCUUCGCAAGCUGUCGUGGAAGUUUGA